AGCCCUCCACCGAGAUUUCCCCCGGACCAGCGCCCGGAUUGGCCCCUGCCGAACGCCGCCUCCCAAUAGGAGCUUUAGUCCUGUUAACGUCACGAGUCACUGGGCGAAUCCCCCGGCCGCCGCUGGGGCAGAGAAAAGGAAACUGAAAGCGUGCCAAGCCGAGGCUUCGCGGCUGCUGCAGCCUGGAGAUUGGCUCGUGGUGCGCACUCCUGCGCCACAGGGCGGAAGGAAGUCCAGGUUUGAGGCCUAAUGAGACUCCUUUGUAGGACUCUGUGAUGCCAGAAUCCCUACCCUCCUCCCGAUUCCCGCCUGGGUCUGGACCAGGGUCAGAGGCUGCUUGACUGCGAAGUGGCGCUUGCCAGGCGCUCAACAUUAAAUAGGAUUUUCUGCCCCCAGCAUGGCCUAAAUUUGCUUCCUGGACCAGACUGGAAUCUGUUGUGACCAGUGCUCUGGAAGGAACUUUGGAUUUGGAGGAAAAAGAAAGUCACUCUGCAGGGCGUGAGCAUAGCUGUCAUGGCUGCUGCCUCCCCGCUGAGAAACCUGGAGGACGAGGUGCUGUGCUCUAUCUGUCUUGACUACUUGAGAGACCCCGUAACCAUUGACUGUGGUCAUGUCUUCUGCUACCACUGCAUCAUGAAGGUCUGUGAAUCUGCUAGGCAGCCAUUGCAUUGCUCUCUCUGCAAGACAGCCUUUAAGACAGAGAGUAUCCGCCACGUGUGGCAGAUGGCCAGCCUAGUGGAGAGCAUCUGGAGGAUGAAAGCAGAUGAGGAGAGACAGCCCAGAGAGGAAAGACAACAUGAACAAAGAGCAGAGGAGCUGUGCAGUCAACAUUUGGAGAAGCUGCAUUACUACUGCAAGGACGACCAGCAGAUACUGUGUGUGAUGUGUCGGGAGUCCCGGGAGCACAGGCACCAUGCUGCGGUCCUCCUGGAGAAGGCUGCACAGCCUCAUCGGGGUAAAAUUCUGAAUCAUCUGAAGGUCCUGAAGGGAGACAGGGACAGGAUUCAGAAUCUUCAGUCUACGGGAGAAGAUGAGAUUCAGGCUCUGCUGGCAAAAUUCCAGAACCACAGGCAAGACAUAGCAUCUGUGUUUGAGCAAGGCCAUCGGUUCCUGAGAGAAAGGGAGCAGUACCUGUUGGAGUGUCUGGAGGGGAUGGAACAAGAGCUCACUGAAGGCAGGAACAGCCAUGUCACCAAGGGCUCCGAGGAGGUCAUCCGGCUUGGGACCCUGAUUACUGAGUUAGAGAAUAAGGCUCGGCAGCCAGCACUUGAACUUCUGCAGGACCCAAGUGACAUAAUAAACAGAUAUCCCCGGAAGAAGUUCUGGAUUGAAAAGCCUAUCAGUCCUGCAAUCAAAAAGCGGGCAGAAGAAUUUUCAGAUAAACUUCUUUCUCUAGAGAAAGGACUCAGAGGAUUCCAUGGAAAAUUGAUGAGGGAUCUGGAAUAUAAGACAAUGAGGAUCAGCCUGAAUUCCCAGACAGCCAAUGGCUACCUCUCAGUGUCUCCGAAUGGAAAGAGUAUGAUAUUCACUGGCUUGUGGAUGAACAAAUACCAACACGGGCAGCGAUUUGACCCGGAGCCUGGUGUGCUGGGCAGUAGGGGCUUCACGUGGGGCAAAGUGUAUUGGGAAGUGAAAGUGGAUAGGAUAUGGUGGGGGGCAGAGGAGGAAGAAGAAGCAAUGAAGUACAGGGGUGAAACCAGAGGUGUGUUUGGCAGUUAUCUUGGUGGAUUCAUAGGCAUCACUGAUGGGUAUAGUUCUCCUGGAUACAGAGAUGAGAAUGAGGAGCUGGAGGAGGAAUGGUCUCAGGAAAAUGGAAUAUGGCCAAAAUUCUGCCUGGUGGGAGUGGCAAGAGAGUCCGUGGUGAGACGAGGAUUUCUCAACUUCACCCCCGAGGAGGGAUUCUGGACUCUGCAGCUGUCCUCAGCUGGGGUCUGUAUAUGUACCAGCCUGGAGCCUUUCCAGAUCCUGUCCUACUGUCCGAGGCAGAUUGGCGUUGCUCUGGAUUAUGAUGGUGGGAAGGUAGCCUUUACCAAUGCCAGAACUCACGAGUUUAUCUAUGAGUUCUCCUCUUCCUUCAAUGGGAGAAUUUUCCCUUUCCUGUGGCUUAACUGCAUGAGAUCCAGACUUACGCUGAGACCCUGAGAGAAGACCUCAUGGGCACAGCCCGAGGUUUCUUCCUUUAUCCUUUGUUCCUUUACAUCAUGCCCAGCUCUCUACCUCAGCUAGAUGGUCCUGCUGGGUUGCUAAAGGCACUUCGGUGACUGGAGCAUUAUGGUAGCGUCAGGAGUCUCUCAUCCUCACUGCUUUGUCUCUAAAAUGGAAAUAGUAAUAUAUGAUCUGCUUUCUCUGCGGGGGAAUGGUUGAAACAUCUUUAAUGUACUUAUUAAACUGUGUGUUAUUAUUAA